CGGGUCUCCAGCCUGCUGGCCUACCCUGUCGAUUUUGGACUUGCACCUCCACAAUUGACAAAAACGCAAUUGAUGGCCAGCCCCGAGCGUGUUUAAAGGACUGCGAUGUUCCUGGGAGUAAUCACUUCGUCUUUCACCAGGAUGAGUUCUGAGGAGGAGGCCUCAUCACCCAGCUCAGGAAUUCAGGGCUGGGAAAAUUGAGCCGAGUCAUCCCAUCUGGCGGCUACCCCGGGAACAGCAGCUCUGCGCGGUGACCGGGGCUCCGGCCGCACCUGCCGCAUCGCCACGUGACCGCAGUUCCAUGGACCAAACACCAGGAAGAAUGCUGGGCCAGCCCCUUUCCAGCCCCACCACCCAGCCCAAGAAGAAAAGCACGUCAGUGAUGUCUUUCUUUUCCAAGGUCUCUUGGAACCUGAGGCUUCAGAAGCAGGAACCUCUGAAGAAUGUGUUUUUCAUCUUGGCAGAGACAGCCCGGGACCCCAGUGUUAAAAAGCGUCAUAUGGUGAUGAGAGGCCUGGGAACCAUGGCCUGUGAGACCCCGGACAAGGUGAGAAAGUAUAAGAAGAUUAUCCUAGAUCUGCUGGUGCACGGUCUGUAUGACCCAGUGAGCUCUGAAGUCAUCCAUGAAAGCAUGAAGACCCUGACCAUCAUCCUGGGCAAGAUGCAGGGGAAAGCCUUGGGUUCCUUCUUCAUAGACAUCACCCUCCAGACCCGGACUCUGCUCGAUGAUGAGAAUGACGGCCUGAGAUACUCGGCCUUUGUCUUGUUUGGGCAACUGGCUGCCCUUGCUGGACGGAAGUGGAAGAGGUUCUUUACCCGUCAGGUGAAGCAGACUCAAGACUCCCUCCUGACCCACUUACAGGACAGGAAUCCCCAGGUGGCCACGGCCUGCCAAACAACUUUUCGAGCCUGUUCUCCAUAUCUGAGACAAAGCAAGGACUACAGCUUCCAGAAUGAGGAGGAUCAAAGGAACCCGAAACUCUGCCGGCAGCUGGUGAGUGAGCGAGGGCAGGAGUCGUUCUUCCAAUCCCUGCGCGGCCGGUGCCGCGUUAAGGCGGAAGGUGGUCGGCACGCCAGGGAGUCACCCCCGUAAACAACUCAGGCCGAGAAUGUUUCAACUGUAAUUGACCCACAACGCAAUGUAAAUGGCAAAACGCCCAGAGGACUGUGCACAAAAUACAAGGGCAGUUCCUGUUUAGAUCUCUGUGUGUGUAUUAGGUCGCUUAAGUUGUGUCUGACCCCUUGUAACCCUAUGGACUGUAGCCCGCCAGGCUCCUCUGUCCAUGGGAUCCUCCAGGCAAGAAUACUGGAGUGGAUUGCCAUGCCCUCCUCCAGGGGAUCUUCCUGACCCAGGAAUGGAACCUGCGUUAUGUUAUGUCUCCUGCAGUAGCAGGCGGGUUCUUUACCACUAGCACCACCUGUCUUAGAUCUCUGGGUGAAUGCAAGUGAUGAUUCCUCCUCCUCUGAGAACCUGAAAGUUGUUUAUCCUCAAGCUCAGCCUUUGAUGACCAUCAACUCAUUCUAGAGUAGAGGAGGUUUGCCGGAUCCUUCCCUCACGUGUCCCUUUGCCAAUUUCUUUCAGAGCCACUACCAUCCCGAGCUCCUGCAGUUCUUCUAUGCAAAUAAAAUCCUGUAAACACAGAGCGGCAGGGAGGUGGGUCCAGUGAGCGCAUGGCUGGGGGCUGAUAUUUCCCCUCUUUUAACCCUUUGGAUGCUCUGUUGCCUCUGGUGAUUGUGGUAGAAAAUGGAAUGUUGGGAGAGCAAUUGAUGGCAAACUUAAGGCUGUGGAAUUGUAUAGUUGCAUCGAAACUAAAUUCUAAAUAGCUUAUGUCUCAUUUUCUUCCACACAAGUUUGAUGACAAGGUGCAUCCUUUCUUUAAAACAUUUAAAGUGUAUGUGGAUUCAGUGCUUUUUUCUCAGCAUUUUUCUUCUUAAGGAUAUCUCUGUUGCCAACCUUUCUUUUUAAUUUUUAAGGCUUAGGAGAACAUUACCUGAAGUUUUUUUUGUUUUUUUCUUUUUUUGUUUUUUUUUGCUAUUGAUCCUUUGCCAUUUGUUAUUAAUACCUUUUUCUGGUGAGACCUAUUUAAAGUUGGCCAAGGUACCAAGAAGUUAGCGUGGAGGGCAAUUUCUAGUUCAUCGUCAUCAACAGUCAGUAUCUCCAAGAUCAUUCCAAACAAUAGUUAAUAAAGAGGAAAAAAAUCAAUGAAGCAUGUGUUGAAAAACCUUGAGCUAAUGGUAAUAUGUGGAAUACUAAUAAUGAAUAAUGUGUAUUGAGCAUAUUUAUAGUUCACUGGGCACUCUCUAAGCACUUUGCAAGUAUUAUUUAAUACUCACAACAAGCCGUGAGAAAGGUACUGUUAGUACCCUCGUUUUAUAGGUGAGAAAACUAAAGUGAAAGUCACUCAGUCAUGUCUGACUCUUUGCAACCCUGUGGACUAUAGCCUGCCAGGCUCCUCUGUCCAUGGACUUCUCCAGACCAGAAUACUGGAGUGGGUAGCCGUUUCCUUCCCUAGGAGAUCUUCCCCACCUGGGGACCAAACCCAGGUCUCCCGCAUUGCAGGUGGAUUCUUUACCAUCUGAGCCACCAAGGAAGCCCAAGAAAACUAAGGCACAGGGAAAUUAACUUGCCCAAGAUUUCCCAGUAAUUAAUCGAACUGGAAUUCAAAUCCUGACUACGGGAGCCUACAUUCAGUCAGCACACUGCCUUGUUAUGGAAUAACUGAUGGAUGGUUAGAAAUGUAGAAAAAAUAAAA